AAUAAAUUUACACGUCCAUGUGUAAUUUUAAGAAUAAAGAUGUAGGUCAAACAACCUGCUACGGAAUUUGUGUUUCUUGGACUCGUCCAUUUGGAUAGUGGCCGUAUUCAGUGCCAGAUUUCGACAGAGAUUCUAGGGUUCUUUAAAAGUUGAAAAUAUAAUAUUUGGAGUAUAUGUGUACAUGUAUCUUUCACCAUGUCCAUGGUUUUGUUGGAUAAUACUUAGUAACCAAGUGCAAAUUAUGUGAAAACCUUUAUUCAAAGCAAAAUAAUGAGAAAUGAAAGAAAUACAUUGGAUUUAUAAAUAUGGAAAAUUGGACAAACAUAACAAAGUAACAUGCUGCAAAACUCAAGUCCUGCAAAAAUCAAAUUUGAUAAGCUAUUGAAAGCUAAUUAUAUUGUGAACAAGAGAUGAGAUAUGAUACGUAAUUCUACCAGUGGACAUGAUAAUGAUGAUGCAGAACGUGGUGGACGUCGACCACUUGUCAUUGAUAAUCAGGGUCGGCAAAUGCUCAAUGACAUUAAAAAUGCCUUAAGUCAUCAUCUUAAAACAAAUAAACCUGAAGGAGAAAUGUCACCAAACAUUAUUAAACCUAUAUCUGCACCAGGAAAAAGCCGGAAAGCCUACAACAAGCAAGCCAUGGAAGCUAUUCACAACAGUUUGAGACCAUUUCAGCAUGGGAAAGAUGAAAAAAAUGGCCAUAGUAGUGCAACGUCUACUCAAGGAAGUGACGACAGUGAAAAAAAUGAUGACAUCAUCCGACAGAUUUCUAGCCUUAGUAAACAGGACAUAGAAAGAGCAAGAGUAGCAGUCCAAGAACCCAGAAAUGGCAUCAUUAAACAACAUACAGAUUUUAAACCAAUUCCUAGGAAAAUUACUGAAAGGUCAGAAAGUCCCAGUAUAAACUCUGUUCCAAAUAAUAGAUCUUCGGAAUCUGAUGUAAUGAUAUCGUCUUCACUUGUGAAUGGAGAUCAAACUCCUCCACCUGUACCUCCAAGAGCUCCAAUAGCUCAAAGGAGUCAAUCACCUCCUGUAAAUGUACAGAAUUCUUUUGACAAUUCCUCAAUACAAGGAAAAAAGAUUUCGUCAUCUGUUGUUAAGCCAUUAUCAACCUCACAUAGACAAUAUAUUGCUUCUAGUGUUCCUGUGAAGCAAGCAGCACAGUCUCCUCAACCUUCACCACAAGGAAGUUUGCCUGUAACACCUAACAGGGGUAUGAGUCCAGUAAAUGUUCAGAGGCCAGUGAUUCAUCAGGUCUCAAGUCAACCUGUGCGUGUUCCCACCAAUGCAGGUGGUAAUAUUACAAUUCGAUAUAAACAGCAACCACCACCACCUUAUCCGCAAACUCAUUCUAAUAGUACAGUGAUACAAAUUCAUCCAAAUCAAAAUGAACAAAUAAAUUAUUACCCUGGUUACCCUGUGGAAUAUAUUUCUACUUCAGACACAAGUAAUGUACCAUUAAAUGUUCAAAAUUUACAAAUGAGAGGAAGUAGUGGGUCAUCCCCAAUGGAUGCUUGGUCAGCAAAAACGUCAUCCAUAAUAAUGACACCUGUAAAAAGUCAGGUUGUUCAGAAACCAAAGUUACAAACAGCAACAGCUCCUGUUCCAAAUUUGACUGUCACUUCACAACCCAAUUUUGUAUCUUCAUUCCAAGCUCAAAUAAAUCCUUCACAUAGUCAAAGUUUAGCGGUAACAAACUCAAAUCCAGCAAUGAGGGAUGUUCAUAUAAAAAUUAUGCGACAUUCAAAUCAACAAGACGGAUACAGUGUAACACCCGAUGGUACAUUCUUUCAUGGAAAUGGACGACCACAAAUUCAGAUCAACUUUCAAAAUCGUCCUAAAGCACAAGUUGCACCGCCUGCUUAUGGUAUGUAUGAUCAUUUCAGAUCUGAUAACUCUACACCGAGAUCUGGAUCUCCAGUAUCUCGAACAACAAAUCAAUCUCCAAUGUCAAUGCUGUCAACAGCAUCCUCACCUUCAACCAAUUCUGAUGUUCCAGAUAAACCACCACCUCCAUAUCCUGGUCGACAUUUAGCUCAUGGACCUGUUCAGAUUGUGACCCCUAUUCCUCAGCAUCAGACAACUGUAGGUAUGCAAAACAUUUCAAGAAAUUUAACAUCAUCUGCUCAGCAACAAAAUGAUCAACCACCACUGCCUCCAAGAGCUCCCAGGCCUCUCACUGAGGCUGAUCCUUCAAAACCACCACCUAUUCCACCGCCUCCUGUAUCGAAACAUUCUCAGAUUAUAUUGCAACAGAAACAGGAUGAUGAUACGGAUACAGAAACCUUAUCAACUGUGUCUGAAAGUAGUGUACAUGAAAAAACUAGGUGUACCUCACCAAUGCCUGAAAGAAAGCCAGAAUCAAGAGAAAAGGAUAAAUUAAGGAAAGACACACUUGUAAGAAAUUAUUCUCCACAAGCUUUCAAAUUUUUCAUGGAACAGCAUGUUGAAAAUUUAUUAAAAUCUCACCGGGACAGGGAAAAACGGCGAUUGCAAUUAGAACGAGAAAUGGCAAAAGUAGGAUUGUCAGAAGAUGCUCAGUGCCAAAUGAGAAGAAUGUUACAUCAAAAGGAAUCAAAUUAUAUAAGAUUAAAAAGGGCAAAAAUGGAAAAAUCUUUAUUUCAUAAAAUUCAAACUUUGGGUGUUGGUGCUUUCGGUGAGGUAACAUUGGUGCGCAAAAAAGAUGUUGGUCAUCUUUAUGCAAUGAAAACUUUAAGAAAAAGUGAUGUUCUAAAAAGAAAUCAAGUUGCUCAUGUUAAAGCAGAAAGAGAUAUACUGGCAGAGGCUGACAAUGAAUGGGUUGUAAAAUUAUAUUAUUCAUUUCAAGAUCGAGAUAAUUUAUAUUUUGUGAUGGAUUACGUACCUGGUGGAGACCUUAUGGGGUUGCUUAUUAAAAAAGGAAUCUUUGAAGAACCAUUAGCAAUUCAUUACAUUGGAGAAUUAGUGCUAGCUAUUGAAAGUGUGCAUAAAAUGGGAUUUAUUCAUCGUGACAUCAAACCAGAUAAUAUUCUUAUAGAUCGUGAUGGACAUAUUAAACUCACAGAUUUCGGACUAUGUACAGGAUUUCGUUGGACCCACAACUCGAAGUACUACCAAAAAGAUGAAUUACAUACCAGACAGGAUUCAAUGGAUGUGAAUUGUACCCUUGAUGUUAAAUGUAAUUGUGGAGAAAUUCAGAAACCAUUACAACGUAGAAAACAUAGAGAAAGACAUAGAUGUUUAGCACACUCUUUAGUUGGAACACCAAACUAUAUUGCACCUGAAGUCCUUCUUAGAUCAGGUUACUCAGAAUCCUGUGAUUGGUGGAGUGUCGGUGUAAUCUUAUAUGAAAUGAUCGUUGGACAGCCACCAUUUUAUGCCCCAACACCAGCAGAAACACAGUAUAAGGUAAUUCAUUGGCAUGAAACUCUGAAAAUUCCAAGAGAAGCUAACUUAUCACAGGCAGCAACUAAUCUAAUAUUGAGACUUUGUUGUGGAGCAUCAGAACGUGCAUUUGUGGACGAAAUCAAACAGCAUCCAUUUUUUAAUUCAAUAUGUUUUGAAGGACUUCGUCACAAAACUCCACCUUAUAAACCUCAGAUCAAAUAUGCAACAGACACAUCUAACUUUGAUGAUAUAGACCCUGACAAAAUAAGAGGUAGUGACUCAGAAGAUGAGAUUAAAAAACCUGAUCACCCAGUCAAUGGCAAGCACCCAGAACAUGCAUUCUUUGAGUUCACAUUCCGCAGGUUCUUUGAUGAUGGAGGACAUCCUUACCCGGUCAAAGAAUCAGACAAUCAACAAGAACAAACCAAGACUAAUGAAUCAAAUGCACCUGUUUAUGUUUGAUGUAUAACAUGCAGAACUAAGUCAUUUGCUCUUUAUUAUUUAAGUAUAUAUAUUUAAAUGCAGUAAAAUUUUAAAUUAUCUUA